AUAAAGGUCAACAAUUCUACACACGAAAAACCUCGCAGUGAAAACACUACUUUUAUCACAUUGAGUUCAGCUAAGCUUAAAAUCAGACACAGUUCUUCCUUCUCAUGGCAAAAACAAUGUGUUCUGAGGUCGUUCAUGCCAUGGUCUCAAGCAUUGUAGUCUUGAUGAUGUUUAAUUUUGUCUUCUCAGAUUUGGCUGCGGAUAAACGAGAGUGUAAUGAGCAGUUGGCUAGCCUCUCAGCAUGCCUACCUUUUGUUGGCGGCGACACAAAAGUUCCUACUCCAACAUGUUGCAGCGGAUUAAGACAAGAAAUUAGCAAGACAGAGAAGUGUCUAUGCAUCCUAGUUAAGGAUCGCAAUGAACCCGACCUUGGCUUCAAGAUCAAUGCCACUCUUGCAUUGAGCCUCCCUUCAAUUUGUCACGCUCCUGCUAAUGUUUCUGCAUGCCCUGAAAUGCUACAUCUGGCUCCCAAUUCAACAGAUGCUCAAGUUUUCGAGGAUUUUGCAGCAAGCAAUAAGAGUAACGCAGUUGUUGCUGGCGUUCAAACCAGUUCAAGCAAUACAAUGAAGGAAAGGAAAUGGCUUGAAGUGAGCAUGGUUGCUGUUAUCAUUGAAGUGAGCAUGGUUGCUGUUAUCACAUCAGCUCUCACCAUUGCGGGUUAAGAACAUAACACUUGAUACAAUCCUUGUCGAUUAAAUGUGUAAUGCUCAUGUUAAGAAAUUACUCCACGUAUUGUAAUUCCAUCACUCUUUCCACUGUCGACCAAUCUGCAAGCCCUAUUGCUUGUCACUUGAUCA